AUGUUACAGCUUCUCGUCUCAAUUCAAGCACUCAUCUUGAAUCAAAAGCCGUACUUCAACGAACCUGCCUACGGUGGAACCAAGGGGACUAAAUCAGGCGAGGCUCAUUCCAAAGUUUACAGUGAGAACGUGUUCAUAUUAUCGUUAAGGACGAUGGUUUACAGAAUGAGAAAACCACCCAAGCACUUUGAAGAGUUUGUUCGCAGCCAUUACUUUGAGCGGGCUCACGAUCUAGUGAAAGCUGCCAAUGCUUAUAUAGACGGAGCUCCACUUGGUUCCAUAGUUAAAGGUGGUGUCCAAGACAUUGAAGAAAGUAGUGAGGGCGGGUCCAUGAAGUUUAGGACCGAUGUGGCUGUCUUUAUGAAGACAGUUGUGGAAGAGUUGGUUAAGUUAGGAGUCAAGGAGCUUGAAGAUAAACUGAAACCACCACCUGUGGUUAAUGCUAACACCGAGAGUAACUGUAAGAGAAGCAUAUCAUCGAGAUUGUUAGCAUUUGGAUUUGAUUGA